GGUUUAGGACGGACAUGUUGGGAGCAUUAAUCAAUUUUUUUAGAAAUUCUACGAGAGGUGGAAUGUUUAUAAACUCAUGCUUCGAUCAUUGUCAGAGUGCUUUACAAGAAACUUGGCUAUCUCCCACUUCACCGAGGAUCCACAACAAGACAAUUGCUAGGACGGUUGGAGAUUGGUAUUUCGGGAGACGAAAGGAAGUGAAAGAAAUAGGUUGUCCAUAUCCAUGUGAUAAAACAUGUCAUAAUCUCAUUCCAGCUUCUACUACAACAGAUUCUUUGGUAAAUCUCGACAUAUAA